CAUUCUUGCAUUGAUACUAUUCCGUUUCCGUUGAUUUCCUCGUGAACCGACUGAAAAAGGUUUUCACAUGUUUUUUUCAUGAUAUGCUUGUGAAAUAUCAUACACAACCGUAUUCAACAUAUGAGCUUAAUGAUUAUCAUUUGAUGAAUUCUAGCAACUUGCUGUAGUUAAACAAAUAUUGCUAUAUAUCAUCUAUUUUAAUUGAGUUCUUUUUAUUUGAAAUUGCAUGAUGUUGCAUAUGGUAUAAUUGUUAUUUAGAUACUAAAAUUGUCUCAUUUUUCUCAAUACAGUUAUAUCAAAGAUGCCGUUUGCGUGUAGAUUUUACGAACAAAGAUUUCCUGAAGUCGACGAUGUUAUUAUGGUUAAUGUUCGACAAGUGGCAGAGAUGGGGGCCUAUGUAAAUCUCUUGGAGUACAAUAAUAUUGAAGGUAUGAUAUUGUUGAGUGAAUUGUCAAGAAGAAGAAUUCGAUCUAUUAAUAAAUUGAUCAGAAUCGGCCGAUCGGAAUGUGUCAUUGUCCUCAGAGUAGAUAAAGAUAAGGGUUAUAUUGAUUUAUCAAAAAGGAGAGUUUCACCGGAAGACAUACAAAGCUGUGAAGAUAAGUUUGCUAAAGCUAAAUGUGUCAAUGGAAUAUUACGUCAGGUUGCAGAACACUUACAAUAUUCUUCUAAUAGUCAAUUAGAAGAACUUUAUACUAAAACUGCCUGGAUGUUCGACAAAAAAUAUGGAAAGCCUGGAGCUGCAUAUGAAGCUUUCAAAUUAGCGGUAUCAAGUCCUUCUAUUUUAGAUGAAUGUGAAGUUGAUGAAAAAACGAAAUCUGAACUACUGACUAUUAUCCAAAGACGUCUAACGCCUCAAGCUACUAAACUAAGAGCCGAUAUAGAGGUUGCCUGCUACGGAUAUGAGGGUAUCGACGCUGUGAAAGCCGCAUUAAAAGAGGGUUUAAACAUGUGUACAGAUGACUUUCCUUUGAAGAUUAAUCUUAUUGCUCCACCGUUAUAUGUUAUGGCAGUUCAAACAAUGGAAGCCAAGGAAGGAUCAAAAAAGUUGGACGAAGCCAUGAACUUGAUAGAAGAGGCGAUAAAAAAGUAUCCUGGAGGAGAAUUUAGUGUAAAACACGCCUCUCGAGCUGUAACCGAAACUGAUGAAGCAGAACUUGCUAAACAUUUAGAAAGGUUAGAAAGUGCUAAUAAGGAAAUAAGCGGCGAUGAAGACUCAGAAGAAGAUGAACCCGAUGACACAAAUGACCACGAUGACGAAGCUUAA